AUUUAAUAUCAAUUUAGUGGAACGAUUUGCAUACGGAAUUUAAAUUGAAUAAAAAAUUGAAGUCAGAUUUGAAAAUGGUAUAACAUACAUAAUAAUAAUCCUUACCAGUAGGUGCUAACCCGCUUCUUUCACUUGGGUUGAGAUCAAUUCUCAGUUGAGAGAAACUGUUUCUUCCCUCGAGACUCUGAUAGAAAACGAUGACAACAAAAGCUGGUGAUGGUGGUGAGAUCUUCGUGGUUACAUCUCUCGGGUCGGGUCACCUCUUCCCUUGCAUCGAGCUCUGCAAACGCAUCUCCUCCCGAAAUUACAUAACUACCCUCGUUCUCCCUUCCAACCUCCUACCCUCCCUCCCUUCCUCCUUCCACCACCACCCACUCCUCCGCAUCGCCCAGAUCUCCUCUUUCCAAUUCGGCCCACCCACUUCCCACCCAGACCCGGCCCGCCACCAAGCAGGUCUGGACCUCCAAACCCACCUCUCCGCCGCCCAUCGCCGCCCUCUCUGCGCCGUCGUCGACUUCCAGGUCGGCUGGACCACCCCCAUCUUCUCCACCUUCAACGUCCCCGUCGUCAGCUUCUUCACCUUCGGCGCCUCCGCCGCCGCCAUGGAGUGGGGCGCCUGGAAGUCCGACGCCGGAACCCUAACCCCCGGCGAGUCCCGCACCAUCCCCGGCCUCCCGGAGGCGAUGUCGAUAAAGUACAACGACCUCAAGCUCCGCCGAGGCGGGGGGUCGAAGCCCGGCCACCCGCCGCCGUGGGUGGCGGCGAUUGAGGGCUCGAUUGGGUUGAUGUUCAACACGUGUGAUGAUCUGGAGCGUCCGUUUCUUGAUUACUUAACCAAUCAGAUUGGGCUGCCUGUAUGGGGUGUGGGCCCACUAUUGCCUGAUCAGUACUGGAACUCACCGUCCGGUUCACUCAUUCGUGACGGUGCGAUUCGGCAGACGAAGCGCGAGACUAACUGUACGGAGGACGAGGUGAUCCAAUGGCUGGAUUCGAAGCCACGUGGGUCUGUACUCUACGUGUCGUUUGGGAGUGAAACGGGUCCUACGAUGGAGGAAUACCCGAAACUGGCUGGUGCUUUGGAAGAUUCAACUCACCCAUUUAUUUGGGUCAUACAACCCAGUUCUGGUUUGCCCAAAUUUCCCGGAGAAGGGCAAGUUGUGUCGGGUGGGUCAGAAGGUUACUUCCCUCAUGGGUUGGCUAGCAAAGUUGGUGACAGAGGUAUGAUUAUAAAGGGAUGGGCACCACAAUUGUUGAUACUGAGCCAUCGAUCGACCGGUGGGUUUUUAUCGCAUUGUGGGUGGAAUUCGACAGCGGAGGCGAUUGGACGGGGAGUACCAUUUUUGGCAUGGCCCAUGAGGGGUGACCAAAUUUACAAUGCUAAGCUAGUGGUGAACCAUCUCAAGAUUGGGUGCAUGGCAUUCAGAGAAGACUCGUCGGACGUUGUUAAAAAUGACAUAUUAGAGGGUAUAGACAAGCUUAUGGGUGACCGAGAAAUUCACAAGCGAGCAGAGGCAAUUAGUGCAAAAUUCGAGUGUGGUUUUCCAGCAAGUUCUGAAGCGGCUUUGGAUGCUUUUAGGGAUUUCAUUAAUCAAAAAACAACGUAAUCUUGAAUUAAAUGUUUAAUUUUUAUUUGAAAUGAAAUGACGUGUAAUUUAUUCUAUUAAAUAAUUAUAUCUUGUUGUAAGAUCCAUGUAUAACUCUA